UACAAAAUAUGCGUAUGUUUGAAGCGAGCAUUCACAGUCUUCUAUAGUGACAUGUUACAGUUUGUAUUUAUUUCGCAGCAAGAGUGUUUUAUAAAGUGGACAUAAAGUGUAAAGUGGACAUAACUGCGUACAGAGGCUUAGUGUCACGUUAGAAAAGCACGAAAUGGCUCAGUUCACGUUCCAAGAGCAGCUGUUGUCCGUCAUGGAGGUUCUGGCCAAAGCAGCCACGGAGGAAAUUAACCGGCGUGUGGCCGACAGCUGUGCGGUGAUCCGCCUCGAGCUCUCCCGCAGUCAGAGGGACAUCGACAGCCUGAAAAGGAAAUGCCAGGUGAUGGAGAAUGAAUUGAGGAAGGUACGAGGAAGAGGAAGGAGGAAAGUGUUUGUCUGCAGCUCCUCUGAGAAGAUACCUUUUCAGAGUGUGUGUGCCAGAGACACUGAUGUAAAUGUAUGCAGGGCUGAACAGCCUGUUCCGCCAUCACAGGAGGAUCCUGCGGCAUCUACGCCACACAUCCAUCAGACUGUCCAGAUACUGGAGGACAGAUCUGCGGCCACAGCCAUUAAAGAGGAGGGAAAUGAAAACGAUCCAUGGAAUAGGAGAGAGGCUGCAGGGCAGUUUCCUUAUGGGUGUCAUGGGAACAAGCCAUACAACCCAGCUCAGGAGAUAAGUGAAGAACAAAACCGAUUUAGUGAAGACAUGGAGAGACAGAGGACGCACCUCACACACAUCAGCUCUCCGGUCACGAGCAACGAGGAGCGUCCGAGCAGUCUAAGACUUAAGGUAAAAACUGAAAAGGAGGAAGAGGAUGAGAAGGAAGUAGCAGAAGUCAUCCUGGUGGAGGGGCCUGAACAAAGCAGAGAAGAAACUAAUCAUCUGGAGUUUGCUUAUAACAGCAACAGUAACGAGGCAGAAAGAACAGACAAGUCCUUCAUGCCCACUCAACUUUCAUGUGACCUUUCGGUCUUCUCUCAGCCUGCGGAAGCAGCCAUGGAACAAUCCGGAAAUGAUGCCAAAACUAUACAGAAUGACCAGAUAGAGAUGUAUGGUGUUGGACAGGUCAGUGUCCAUGAGCAUCCACAGCCAGCCUGGUGCAGAGACAGAGCGCACGAGGCAGAUCACAUGGUACAAAGACAGAGGCAUGAUGGCUCAAGCGCACACCAGCAGCACAGGAGUUUAUCCAGAUCCAGUGAGGCCGGAGUCGGAGUCAGAACCAGAGACGGCAUGGCCUCCCAGGCCGGCUCGAACAUCCCCCACCAGGUGUUUUUGGGAAGAGGCCGUGGCGGACUCCGACGUUUCCGGGCUCAGCGGGUAACGAGCAUGGGUGGAGAGCGCCGCUUCAGAUGUUCGUUCUGUGAGCGGACUUUUAUGCGUUUUGGCCAGCUGAAGGAGCACAUGCGCAGCCACACUGGCGAGAGGCCAUACGCGUGCAGCCAGUGUGGCCGCAGCUUCACCAAACAGGGCAAUCUGAUCCGGCACGCCGUAGUGCACAGUGGAGAGAAACCAUACCAGUGCAAUCUGUGUGGGAAAUGCUUCACUCAGCGUUCCAGCUUAAAGUCCCAUCAGAAAACGCACACGCCAGACAGAGGCACUGUUCUGCAAGGACUCGCUGUACGUCAGCUGGUCAGAGAGCAACACGACAGCCUGGCUGUCACACAAACCAGGGGUUUUGUAUAGCAACAACCUGGCAUUGAUUUCAUUAUAAUCAGUAAUGUGUGUUGAUAAGCAGUUACACAGAUACUGUCGCAUUCGCGGAGUUGUCACGAUACGUGGCUGCCUAAAGAAGCUGUAUGUUUGGGCAGUGCUUGCAUUCUUUAGGAACAUUCUUUCCUAUUCAGAAGGCAACAUAAUAACAGGUGUCUUCUAAAAUUCCUUACUUUGGUCAGAUUUGAAGGAAUGUCGUGCUGUUCUUGGAGAAGGACGAACUGUUCAUGGACGGGCUGUACUGAAGGAUUGAAAAGCAUUACAGAUAGCUAGCCUUGUUAUGUAUAACUCCAAUUCCUAAAAAGUUGGGAUGCUGUGUAAACUGUAAAUAAAAACAGAAUGUGAUAAUUUGCAAAUCAUGGAAACCCUAUAUCCAUCCAUUAUCUGUAGCCGCUUAUCCUGUGUAGGGUCUCGGGCAAGCUGGAGCCUAUCCCAGCUGAGGAAACCCUAUAUUUUAUUGAAAAUAGUACAAAGACUACAUAUCAAAUGUUGAAACUGAAACAUUUUAUUGCUUUUUGAAAAAAUAGGCUCAUUUUGAAUUUGUCAGCAAUACGUUUCAGAAAAGUUGGGACAGGGGCAUGUUUACUACUGUGUUGCAUCACCUCUACUUUUAACAACACUGUAAUCGUUUGGGAACUGAGGAGACCAAUUGCUGUAGUUUUGAAAGUGAAAUGUUGUCCCAUUCUUUCCUGAUCUACAAUUUUAGUUGCUCAACAGUUCGGGGUCUCCUUUGUCAUAUUUUGUGCUUCAUAAUGCGCCAGAUGUUUUAAAUGGGAGACAGGUCUGGACUGGGGGCAGCACGGUGGUGUAGUGGUUAGCGCUGUCGCCUCACAGCAAGAAGGUCCGGGUUCGAGCCCCGUGGCCGGCGAGGGCCUUUCUGUGCGGAGUUUGCAUGUUCUCCCCGUGUCCGCGUGGGUUUCCUCCGGGUGCUCCGGUUUCCCCCACAGUCCAAAGACAUGCAGUUAGGUUAACUGGUGACUCUAAAUUGACCGUAGGUGUGAAUGUGAGUGUGAAUGGUUGUCUGUGUCUAUGUGUCAGCCCUGUGAUGACCUGGCGACUUGUCCAAGGUGUACCCCGCCUUUCGCCCGUAGUCAGCUGGGAUAGGCUCCAGCUUGCCUGCGAUCCUGUAGAAGGAUAAAGCGGCUAGAGAUAAUGAGAUGAGAUGAGAGACAGGUCUGGACUGCAGGCAGGCCAGUUUAGCACCUGGACUCUCUUACUACAGAGUCAUGGAGUUGUAAUAUGUGCAGAAAGCGGUUUGGCAUUGUCUUGCUGAAAGAAGGAAGGCCUUCCCUAAAAAAGAUUUUGUCUGGAUGGCAGUAUAUUGCUCUGAAACGUGUAUAUAUCAUUCAGCAUUAAUGAUGCCUUCCCAGAUGUACAAGCUACCCAUGUCAUGUGCACUAAUGCCCCCUCAUACCAUCACAGAUGCUGGCUUUUGACUAUGCACUGAUAACAAGCCGGAUGGUCCCUCUCUUCUUUAGCCUGGAGGACGUUGUGUCCAUGAUUUUCUAAAAUAAUUUCUACUUUUGAUUCGUCAGACCUCAGGACAAUUUUCCACUUCGUCUCAGUCCAUUGUAAAAGAGCUCAGGUCCAGAGAAGGUGGCGGUGUUUCUGGAUAUUGUUUUAUAUCUGGUUUUAACUUGCAUUUGUGGAUGCAGUAAUGAACUGUUUUCACAAACAGUGGUUUUCUGAAGUGAUGCUGAGCCCAUACAGUGAUUUCCACUACAGACACGUGUCUGCUUUUAAUGCAGUGUCGCCUGAGGGCCUGAAGAUCACAGGCAUCCAAUGUCAGUUUUUAGCCUUGUCUCUUGCAUACAGAGAUUUCUCCAGAUUCUCUGAAUCUUUUAAUGAUAUUACAUAUGUACCAUAGAUGACGUGAUCCCCAAAUUCUUUGCAGUUUUACACUGAGGAACAUUAUUCUUAAGUUGUUGCGUUGUUUGCCGGCACAGUCUUUCACAGAGCGGUGAACCCCUCCCCAUCUUUACUUCUGAGAGACUCCGCCUCUCUGGGAUGCUCUUUUUAUACCCAGUCAUAUUACUGACCUGUUGCCAAUUAACCAAAUUAGUUGGGGUUUUUUAGUUUAUUUUUUAAGCAUUACACAACUUUUUCAGUCUUUUUGUGCCCCUGUCCCAACUUUUCUGAAACGUGUUGCUGACAUCAAAUUCAAAAUGAGCAUAUGCUUUACAAAAAACAAUAAAAUUUCUCAGUUUCAACAUUUGAUAUGUUGUCUUCAUACUAUUUUCAGUGAAAUAUAGAGUUUCCAUGAUUUUCAAAUUGGGUUUUUAAUGGAUGUUUUACAGUGUUCCAACAUUUUUGGAAUUGGGGUUGUAGUUCAGAGUUUGUAGUUUGUGCCACAAUGUGGAAAUGUUGGCGUUAAGAUUUCUCCUUUUUUAAACAGCAAAGUCCAACACUUUCCCAAUGCAUUAAUCAUUCUUGUCUUUUGCACCAGAUUUGUAUUAUGAGCAGUGCAUGUUACUUGGAAAGCAUAUUGAGCAUUUGACUUCUGCUAUUACUGCAUUCCAUGUAGGUCACACUCGUAAUUUCAGGCUAGCCUCGGCUCUUAAUCCAGACAGUGCCUGGCUAUGUUUCAGCCUGCAGCGGUGCGUGCUGUCUCUCUCUCUCUUUCUCAUGUACAUCAUCUUGUUGUGCAAAAACGACAAUACGUAUCAUAUUGUGAAACACGUUUCUCAUUACAACACAACAGACAGUGAUGCAGAACUAUUGCAUUUCAGGAAACAUGCACAAUGCACACUUGCUCACUCUGCCUAUCACACAUUUUGGCUGUAUAUCAGUUGUGUUUGUCGUAGUGUAUCGGUUUAAAAGAGUGUCGUGAAAUCAUAUGGAUGGGUCUCUACCACUGGUCACCAAUGGUGAUCCAUUUCCACCAAAUACAAAGUACCAUUUCCUGCAA